UUUUUUUUUUUUGGUGUUAUUAAUUGAGAAACUCCUGUUCACAGAGAUGUUUCUACACUUCACAAAGAAGGUAACGGUAAUAACCAGAUUUUGAAACAAGAAAAAACUAAGGCACCAAGAGUUAACUGUCACGUUGAAAGGGUGUGCCAGGUCACAUUUAAGACAUGAAUUUCAACUCAGAUGACCUUUAAUCACUAACAUACAGCUACCAGAAUGAAGGAGGUAUGGGAUUUAUCAGGGAAAAGAACAUACUUGGAAAUUCACAUGACAUGUUUCCAAUUAGCUUGGAAGGGUUAUAUCAAAGAAGAAAUUGUUUUAUGUGUAUAGAUUCAAAUAGGAGAGUUAUCCAAACAGUGGAUAGAAGCUAAAAAGGGAGAGGUUUCUGCUAAGUUAAAGUGUCUGAAUAAUUAUACACAUUUAGAAUGGAAAAGGGCUACCUGCAACUAACUGAAAGAGUCGCUGUCAUUGGAAGGACUCUAUGUCAAAACACAGGUGGUAUUAUAAAUGCGAUGACUAGUGGAGAUGCCAGUUGGCAAUUGAUUCAAUGUUGCUUUUACCUUCUCCAGCCUACACACUAGCUACAUGGAAGCAGAAAACCAAACAAAAGUUUCAGAAUUCCUUCUGCUGGGCCUCUCAGAGGAUCCUGAACUUCAGCCCCUCUUCUUUGGACUCUUCCUGUCCAUGUACCUGGUCACUGUGCUUGGGAACCUGUUCAUCAUUCUGGCUGUCAGCUCUGACCCCCGCCUGCACACCCCCAUGUACUUCUUCCUCUCUAACCUGUCAUUUAUUGACAUCUGUUUCAUCACCACCACGGUCCCAAAGAUGCUGGUGAACAUUCAGACACAGAGCAAAGACAUCUCCUACAUAGGAUGCCUCACUCAGGUGUAUUUCUUCACGAUUUUUGCUGGACUGGAAAAUUUUCUCCUGACCAUUAUGGCCUAUGACCGAUUUGUGGCCAUCUGUCACCCCCUGCACUACACACUCAUCAUGAAUGCCCAGCUCUGUGUCUUGUUGGUUCUGAUAUCUUGGGUCAUCAUUUUCUGGGUUGCUCUGCUUCAUAUUCUACUGAUAACAAGGCUGAAGUUCUGUAUAGGCACUGAAAUUCCACAUUUCUUUUGUGAACUCUCUCAGAUUAUCAAAUUGGCCUGCUCUGACACCCUCAUCAAUAACAUCUUCUUGUAUGUGUUGACUGCCCUGCUGAGUGUGUUUCCCUUCACAGGGAUCCUCUUCUCUUACUCUCAGAUUGUCUCCUCCUUAAUGAGGGUGUCCUCUGCUGGGGCCAAGUAUAAGGCAUUUUCCACCUGUGGGUCUCACCUCUCUGUCGUCUCAUUGUUCUAUGGGAUGGGCAUUGGUGUCUACCUUAGUUCUGCUGUGACCCAUUCUUCUCAGAAGAGCUCUAUUGCCUCAGUGAUAUAUACUGUGGUCACACCCAUGUUGAACCCUUUCAUCUACAGCCUAAGGAACAAGGAUGUGAAGGGAGCCCUGGGAAAGCUCCUUUCUAGAGCAGCCUGUUGUCCAUGAUGGUAACUUGUCUCAGGGCUUAAUGCAUCCAGUUGUCUCCAAAGCAAAUGCCCUGAUUCUUUUUUCUUCCCCAAAAGACAUGCGUCAUUUCCUCUAUUCCUAACCACCUAUGACUUUCAUUUUUAUUUGUUAUUGUACCAUUUUUCCUUA